AUGCUGUUGUUGGUGUUCUGGUUUCUCUUACUUAGCUCAAGUUCUACUCAGAGCAAACGUAAGCUUGGGUUUUUUGGUGAUGUAAUUUUUUCAGGACUGUAGAGCCGAUUUUUGUUACCGUAUUUUUAGCAAAGCAGUUUUAAAGCAGAGUAAUGAAUUCCGUCUCCUCUGCAGAAAAUUGUUGUUUCAAAGCGCGUGUUAACUUCGUUUUUUGAAUACUCCAAGAAGCAAUUGAUUUAUUGCUAGUAAAGAGAUUAACAGUAGUAGCAGGGGCACCAAACGGCAAUUUUCGGAAAAUAUCUGUUCGGAAGACGAUUUGAGAUCCAGAAUUUUCGGAACAUUUUUUGUAAAAUUUCUUGCUUGUCUACCUCUCCUAGGAUUUUCGAACAUCUAAAAAUUGGUGUAAUUGCCCAUUUUUAACGGAUUUUUACCCUAAAAAGCUCACCUAGAAUUUUCGGGAGCCUUUUUCUGGCCGAAAUUUUCGAAAAGGUAAGUUUUGAUCCCUAUGAUUUUCGGAUCUCGAGACUUUCAGCUAGGAAAUCCGAACAGAUGAAAAAUUUUUAGGGGAUAAAAAUAUGCCUAUAUCUACCGUUUAAAUACUAAAAUACGUUUAACAAUGCUAUGUUUAAGUGGUUUUGAAUUAUAUUCUCGUUGGGUGCCCCUGUAGUAGAACAUUAAGAUUACCUUAAUGGAUAUGACUACAGAUCGAACGCUCUUAAAAAAAUAUAUGAAGAAGAUGUUGACCAUGGUUUGAGAUUAUGGCAACAAAAUCCCGCUAUCCUAUGUUUGCGUUUAAAUGCGUCUUUUCCCAGUUAAAAUUCACUUACACAAGAAAGAUUAAACUAGUCUGGUUUUACUUCGUGGGUCAUUAGGGAUCAUUUUAAAAAUCUGGCAAUCACCUAUCCAGGUUUUUUCUGUCUAUCUUCUUUUUAAUUUUCGGCCGAUUUUUAUGACUUUUAACUAAUUUGUAACUCAUUUAUUUCAUUUUUUCUCUUGGCAUCAUAUGUCAUUUUAUAAGUUGGUCCGAAUUGGAAGUAUAAAGACCGGAAUGAUAGGCUUUCUUUGUUGUUAUUUUUUAUUAUUAUAUUACUCGUUUUUGAAUAUACGCAUCCAAGGAGCAACAAUAUUUUAGUAACAAUAAUUCUUAGCCCAGCCAAGCCCUUUUAGUUGCUUAAUUAGCUUGAAUUUUUGAUUACAAGCGACUCUUUCAGAACGGACAACCCCCUAAAACUGAGGGUAAAAUUGGGCCCUGCCAUCCUGUUUUUCACUCCAAGAUAGACGGUCACAAGAUGCCUGCCCAACACUGUCCGUCGUCAGUCAAGAAAAUUGACUCUUUACUUAAGAUAAAUAUAAAGGUAAACAAUUUAUACCCAAAAUAUCUAAAACUUUACUCCAUCGGUAAAAUGGAAAUGACAAAGAACUGUUUGCUCCUCUAGGUUACACAGUCAUCGUUAAAACUUCAAAUGAAUUUGGUUCUGGUACGGAUGCUACUGUGAAGAUUAAAAUAAAAGGCACGAGGCUGAACUUAGCCGCAAGGGAGUUAAAAGGCAGCUUUGAACGCCGCAGGUAUUACGUCUACUUUAACGAAUAUUGGAUCCAUUCCAUAGCCCCCAUAAAAGUCGGGAAGUACCUCCUACUUCACCCCCUUGUUGUUUUUCCUUGCGUCUCCGCCCUAGAAUCUGAAACGCCUUGAACAGGCUAGUCAGGAAGACACAACUUAAUGUUCUGACAAGCCUGAUCUUGAUAGUAGCCAAAUUAUCACAUUUUUUACGGGGUUUUCCCAUAAAUGCAUCAACUUCUAUAAUUAAUACACCCUUUUCGCCAGAGACAUUGGUAUAGUCAUCCUAGUAGACAAGAAAACCAUUAACUCAGAUGUCCUAACGGAACACUCAAAACGAAUGGCCUUAUAAUAAGUAUCAAAUAUCUCUAAUAUUCUUAGGCCACAUAUUUUUGAGCUUGAAUAUAAUUUGUCUAAUUAUCCUGCAGACCGCCGGAAGUUUUCCAGUUCUCCGACUGCGACAUAGGAUAUGUUAGGGGACUGGACGUUUAUCGUGGCAAUCAGGGUCGUUUUCCUGAUUGGAACCUGGACUAUGUAAGCGUCCGAUACCAGGGCAUUUCAUGAGCUUAUUUAGUGUUGGAUCUAUCUUCCAAAACAAAAAUCUAAAACACAAAUGCUUGCCCUUGAGAUCUCAGUCAUCAAGGAAAUUAUGCUAUCGGCGCAACUGUCUAACUUUCCAAGGACCGGAUGGGUGGUAGCCGCAAAAGCUGCUUGUUUAUGCUCGUAUUGUUGUAGCCGCCAUCUUUGAUUUUAUGACAGAGGGAGAUUGGGGAGACCAUUUCCUCCUCUGUUUUGGAGUUCCAACAUGGAACUUUCAAGAGUGAAAACAUUCGUGCGCCAAAAGAAAACGCCUUCAUGGACUUACGACCGCAUUUUUUGAAUUUUCUGGAUCCACUCGUGCCGCUUAUUAAAUCGGUAUCACUUAAAAGAGUUUUUUUUUGUAGAUUUAUAGAGCAAUCCUAAAGCAGAGAGUUAAAACUUUUGGGAAAUUACCUUGCAAUGUGAAUGAUUUCAGGAGUCAAGAACGGAGUGGUCGCUCCUACUGAAUUUCGAUUUUUUUGGGGGGCAGGAGGGGUGGGGGCAAAAAAGUGGUCGUAGUAGUGGGGUAGGUGUGGUCUUAGGGUUAGGGUUAGGUUAGGUUAGGUUUAGGUUUGGCAGGGUUUAAUCUGACUUGUCCCAGUCGUCUCCAAGAAAACUCUCCCUAGUGGCGCGCGGGGUGUGAUGGGAAGGAGGAAAGAAAGGGAGAGAGACCCUCUCGUCUUCCUCUCUUCUCCCUUAUCAUCACCCCCUGCUCCCGCAGUGUGCGUUACGCGCGAAGACAACAGAGUCAGGGGUUUCAUUUUUCUGCAAAAGUUUAAAGCAGAUGACUUCUGAUAAUCAAAAAACGAGUAUUUUGACUUUUUUCUAGAUUGUCAUUAAGAUCGCUGGAGCAAAAGACGCCGUUUUCAAUUACGGUGGCAGGGAGAUACACUAUGGAUGGACAAAACUAACUCGUAAGUACAGUAUUGAAGUCUUGGUUUCUGAUUUAAACCUGGAGAAUACUUUAUGAUAUUUUUUGACCAGGCAAUCCCUCACUUCUCAGAGGUGUGUUUCUUCCUGGUUUCAGUAUCUCAUCAACUUUUCUCAUCUGGUGAUCAAUGCUUCUUGAAAUUUUGCCGAAUUGCGUAAUGGAGAAAUUCAAAAUAGUACUUUGUUUAUUUCAAUGCAUAUUUAAUUUCAGUUCAAUACGGAGUUCAACAUUUUCAGUCGUAGUUUGCUUGCAGACGCAUGUCACGUCAACAUAAAUACCACUGUUUGAGAUUUUUUAUAGCACCCGUAUUCGUCCGACUGUAAUGCGCGGUGGAGAAUGAGAAGUUACUUAUUUGUACUAAGCUUGCUGUUUUUGUUUUAGUUUCCUGCAACGACGGAAACGUUAUUAACAGUCAAGGCUAUUGUGAUGGUAUUGUAUCUGGUCUAAUUAUUUCCAAAGAAUCAGCAUGAGUCUCCCUUGCCUUAUACACUCGUGUGCUCUAGACAUGCAUACCUUGAAGAAUGGGCACAUUCGUCGGUUGAGACAAAAUAUGACUUUUUGAAGCCUAUCUUUGAAAACAAUUGCAACCACCAAUGUUUGUUAUUUUAUUCGUGUGCAAUACCAUAAAAAUGCUGCCGAUCAUAGGGCUGGAAAACUGUUUGUGGUUGUAGCUCAUUUAGCCUGUCCUCGGAUGCCUUUUUUAUCUUUUUGUUUUCUUUACGAGGGUUUGGUACCCACGACGAUCUGAAAAGAAAAUAACUGAGCGUUUGUGAAUAAGCUAAGGCUCAUUCAUGUUGACCCCUCAGAGAUAAAAAUUAUAAAAAAUAUACCUUAAAUGGCAUGCACUGACAAUUUCAAUGGCGAUGAAGAUGACAAACAAAUACACUUUUUCCUUCAUUGUUUUGGGCAACCACUUAAAUGGCGAUCAUUUCAGGAAAGCACGGUAGCGGUUAGAACUGAACCACUAAUUUCGCCUCCUUAAUGAUGCGAAGGGAAGCCCCGUCUUUUCAUGACCUUUAUCGUGCUUUUUGGGAACGUCUGCUAGGAAAUCAUAAAACUGACAAGAUUGCCAUUGCAUUGAGCAUGAACUGUACGUUACUUGGCUCGAUUACCAGUAGCUGUUUGGAAAAAUGAGCCUGGAAUAUUUUUUUCAAGUUACGUCACUUACAACAAGUUAAAAGUGCCCUCGUCUAAUCUCUAGGAAGAUUAAAGACCGGACUCGGGAGAGAGGGAGAAAAGUUACAUACUUACAUUACACCGUGCAAACAUCUAUACAGUCAACUCUCCCUAAGAUGGACACCUUUGGGACCGGCACUAGCUGUCCAUCUUAGAGAGAUGUCCGUGUUAUAGAAAGUCAAAUAGAGGGAGCUAAGAAGGUGUCAGUUUUACAGAGAUGUCCGUCUUAUAGAGGUGUCCGUUAAGAGAGAGUCGACUGUAGUUUAAUGUUUUAAUAUUUUCUUUUCGUUUCAUCACUGAAUAACGUACAUAUAGUGGCAGAUGUGGACGAAUGCAAGAAACCUUAUACUUGCAUCUCACCAGCAAAAUGUGAGAAUACUGUGGGAUCAUACAAGUGUCAUUGCCCUAAAGGCUACGUUUUAAAACCCGGAACUAACAACCAGUGUCAAGGUGCAGUUUUGUAAUUGGUGUUUGUUAUCAUCAUUACCUGAAAGAGUCUAAGUUGCGUGUUAGAGGAAGACAUGAAAGAGGACUUCCAGGUUUCCGCGCUCGCCUUCCUCUCCCUCGACCCGUUCUUAUUUAUUAGUUCUUUAUUUAUCAGUUUAGUUCUAAGUUUAUCGUGAGAUUAACCGUGGGAUAAUUAUAAGGUCCAAGCUGUAUUCAGUAGAUAAAAAGUACAACAGUCACAGAAUUUUUGAACUUGUGAGCGUGUCCCUAGGUGGGCUCCUCAUGCUCCCUGUCGCUUUACCCUCAGGUUAAUGCGCAUUUUCCCUUUCUCUCAAAUUUGCUUGUUCUUAUUUUAACAAAAAUGGUUGCUAAGAACGGACACUUCUUGAUCUAAAGAGUUAAUUAGCGGAAAAAAUGAUCAGGAUUGUUACUACUCGUGGAGGCGUAUGUGGUCGUGUGGUUAACACCUCGAACUCUGGAUGUGGAGGUCCGGGGUUCAAGCCUCGUUCGUCUCAUUGUUUCCUUAAACAAGGAACUUUACUCCACUUUGUCUCUCUUCACCCAGGUGUAUAAAUGGGUACCGGCGACAUACUGUUGGAGGAUAACCCUGCGAUGGACUAGCAUCCCGUCCAGGGGGAGUAGCAAUACUCCUGGGCGUGCAUGCUUCAUGCUAAGCUCCGGCCGUUUAGGCCUUUGGCUCGUGUGCGCCCUUUAUCCUCAGGCGCUUGGAAGUAGUGGACGCAAAAAAAAAAAAAAAAAAAAAAAAAAGGCGCCCUAGAAGGAGACACGCAAGGGGAGAGGGAGUGUCUCGUGCCUCCCUCGUGUGUCUCCCUCGCGCGUAUCAAGGAAUAUUUAGUCAUAUAUUUAACUAUGAUUCAAACCAUUUGAUUACCGUUGCUCUUCAGAUGUCAACGAAUGUUUACGCCGAGGUCCUUGCGAUUACAGGAGAUCUACCUGCCAGAAUAUUCCCGGAGACUAUCGCUGCAAUUGCAAAGCGGGUUACAGGAAUAAGGACGCCAAGACCUGUAUUAGUAAGUAGAAGUAUGAACUGCAAAUUAGCUCUCUGUCGUGUACUGUUUAAAUGAGAGCGUACGGCUAAACUGUGCAUCUUAGUAGGUAUGUUACGUAAGAGCUUUUAGCAGCCGGGUCAGCAGCCCCGCCCGCUGAUUUCCUGCAAAAAGAAGAUUCCUCAUUUUCUGGUAGAUAUGUUAAAUGUCCCUGCGCUAAGUUGUAGAUAGUGUAUACUCACUGGGUGCCUCUUUUCUUUCUUUUUUAGAUAUAAAUGAAUGCACUAUGGGUAUCGAUUCAUGUGACAAGACGUCAUCAGAUUGCAUAGACUCAGAUGGAACCUUCUGGUGUCGUUGUAAGAAAGGUUAUUAUCAGAAGGUAGCGAACAACAAGCUCUGUGUAGGUGAGUUGUUUCAGAUGUCUAUCGCACAACGUAUUUGCCGUUAUAUGCUGCAUGACUCAAGCUAUGAAACUCUCCUUGUGUUCGGUCCGCGAUCGUGCUAAAACAAUUCAAAAGACUGCUCUUUUUCAUGGUGUUUCAUAAAAAAAAAGUGGGUGAGUCUCGCUAAGGAGUAUUUCAUCUUCCAACCCUAAGGCCCAGGGAACGGGAAGAAGAGAGACUCUGGGAAGGAGGCUACUGUAACAACAAACAAAACAAAACAACAACAACAACAACAACAACAACAAAAACUAGUAAGCAUGGCUAAGCACAUGGCGAAAGACAUGACAGUGAUCAAAGACACGGAUCUAAACACACUACUUGAGGAAAGAGUCUUUACAGGUAAUAACAUAAUACCACGGCUUGUUAUGAAGAAUACAAUAACAUAAUAGGACCUACCUGACCAAUCAAGUCAUUUAAUUAAGAGUCACAUUAAGAGUUGACCCCAUCAAUUAAUGAAAGGUACACAACUCUUUUUAACUCUGGUGAUCAAUUCCUCAGAGGCCAGUCGAAACAUAAAGUCAGUUUUUGCACCACUUGUUGCAUUUGUGUCUACAAUCACCCAAAGAUUGUAUUCCCUAACCUACUUAUGUUUUUCUUUUCAAUUAGCCGUGGAAUGUGGCCCCCUUAUACCUCCCGCUAGUGGCACAUUUGAGCCUGCGCGCUGCAUUCAAGUCAACUCUAAUGUCUUCAGAGACAAAUGUCACUUGAAAUGUCACGUGGGAUAUGCUAUUUCUGACGUCUCACAAGGAAUCCUAACCUGCGGUAGUAGAGGGCGGUGGGAGGGAACCUUAGCAACUUGCCAACGUGAGUAUAAUUACGCCAGGUACACGGAAUACGUUUUGCAAGUUUUAAUAUUUAAGCGACUUAGUCCAGAAAGGAAACAGGCACACAAGUUUGCAUUUGAUACACAGACUGAAAACGCAGUUUUUUUCACUUCCUUGUUCCUCAAUUUUAAGUCUAGUUAUCAACUCCAUUUUUGGGCAAUAUGGGCCAAACAGUUAAUCACAAUGUUAUCAUCAUCAAUGUUCUCAUGAUGGCAUAUUUACCUCUACCCUUACUCUGAAGUAUCAACCUGGAGAAGGUUUGAAGGUUUUUCACUUCUCUACGAACUGCUAUCGCACGGUUUAAAAUUCUUUCCACUGUUGGGACUGCUCAUUCCAUCAAUGACCGUUGCUUAAGGAAGACCAUAUUAAUGAACUUAAGUCUGUCUGUCUCAUUGUUUCACCAGCUGUCUCUUGCCCAAAACUGCCCGCUUUUUCAAAUGGAGGCUUACUGCCGUCAUCAUGCACGUCAUCUGGUGGUAAAUACCCAAACAAGUGUUCGUACUAUUGUUCCAGCGGUUACUCUCUACAAGGUGGCCAAUUCCGACAGUGUCAAGCAGAUGGGACCUGGGACAGAACCGCGCCAACUUGUACAAAAAGUAAAGAAGACAUGUGGUUUUGUGUUCCAUUGCUUUAAUUUGUUUAAAUUGUUUUCUUCUUCCUAAGAUAAACUGAAUUUUUUUUAUUAAAAUCCUUAAUUGAGGCAAGGAAGAAUGUAUUUACAAAAUUUAGGAUUUUGCAUGUGCCUUAAGUGUGUCUUAGAUCACUACUGUUUGUUUGAUUUUAGUUUUGGCUAAGCCGUGGAUCAGAUGUCCAGAUCACAUAAUUCAGGACUUACUCCCAGGAAAAUCAACAGCUGACGUCAGCAGUGUGUGGAAGGAGCCAACGUCAAACGUUGAACCUGCACAAAUAACAAUCAGUCCACCUGAAAUAUCCUCUAGUUACCAGUUCCCGCCCGGCACAACAAAAGUCACGUGGACCGCAAGUAAUGUUGUAGGAUCGCAACGCUGCUCGUCGUAUGUAAUCAUUUACGGUAAUUUCAGCUUAUUUUAUGUUCCUUUAAGUGUAUCAUAAAAGAUAGAAUGACAUAAGUGGAGAGAAGAACUCAGAAAAAAAUUCUGAGUACUAGUCAAGAUUGGAAUUGAGCCCACGACCUUCUCUGGUCGGAUCCUCUAACCACUGAACUACGAGGAGCUUCAUUGAUGAGCAGGUCAUUUGUGGGCUGACAUAACGACUGCAUCUCGCAGUCACAUUAUGUCAAAUGAAUAAACACACGAUUUAACUGCAUCACGCAGUCACGUUUCAAGUACUCUCUGAGUAAUAAAUAAUAAAUUGAAUGAUAUGUGUGGAGAGAAGAACUCAGAAAAAAUUCUGAGUUCUAGAUGACAAUUGAACCCACGACCUUCCAGACACUAACAACAUCAUUCUGUUUAUGUGAACACGUGGUGAUAUUGUGUCGAUUUAAGCCAUUAAUCAUUACUCUCACUUCAAAAUCGGAGACUCCAGGACUGGUAGGACCAAACUGAGUCUAUAAUCCAGUUAGUUAUCUUUUCUUUCCCAUAAUGAUACAGAGUAACACAUCUUCACAACAAACUGUUUGUAUUUAUUAUAUUUAGAUAAGGAAGCUCCCACGGUAGCAAAUUGUCCUCAAGAAAUUCUUGAAAUAAGCAGUGGUCCCAAGGCGGUCACCUGGGUAGAACCGACCUUCAGGGACAAUGUGAAAGUCACAAAAAUAGACACCUCACACACUAACGGCAGCGUCUUUGAGUUGGGAACCACAUAUGUCAGCUAUACCGCUGAAGACGCCGCUAGGAAUACAGCCUUUUGUAAAUUCAAGGUCCAACUCAAACGUAAGUUCUAAAGGCUUAUCUCACUGAGUUUCGUCUUCAUCGUCUGAAAGUUUUUGUUAAAAUGUUACUGAAAGCAUUUGUUUCAACGUGUACUCAAUAUGUUUGCUUGAGUUGCGUGCAAAUGUAACUUGUAGCACUAAGACGGUGUUCACACCAGUGUAGAUGUUCUCGGGUGGUCCCUUAACUUGGACUUAGGAUGUUUCUCAGUUUUGAGACUGAAUUUAAGCUGAUGUGGUGCCUUUUAGGGCUGUCAAAGGUGUCGAGCUAAAAAAGGUUUGGAAUUAUUUGUUAUGUAACAAUGGGUAUAGCACUUGGGAGUCAAAUUCCAACACAAUUUAAGGAACUCGAAACUAUAUUAAAUGAGAAUGCAUUCUUAUUUACACAUUUGUCACUUGAAAAUCAUUUUUUCAUAUUUUGAUCACAAAGCCGAAUUCGAAGAUUCCCCUAUGUCAUGUGAUAUCACCACCGGUUAUAUUCUAAAGGUGGUAUUAUAUUUUAUAGGGCUAGAGUGUUAUGAACCGGACGGGCCUGAAGGUGGCACUAAACAAUGCAACGAGUUUGGUGGCAGUAUUUUCUGCACCGUAACUUGCCAUAGCGGAAGUCAGCUGUACCGAGAAACUGCAUCUUACUGGCAGUGUAACAAAGGAGUCUGGACACCCAGUGAUGUCAUUCCUGACUGCGUUGGUAAGACUAACCACAUCAUAGUGCUUUUUAUUGAUAAGAAGAAGUGUAGUCUUGACUAAUUUGUGAAGAUGGGCAGUGGCACAAUGCAAGAUAAAAGAUAGCGUAAAUUUUAUAAAGAACAUUCUGUUUUAAAGUUAAGUGACUAUGCCCAACAAUACCAACAAAGGAGGUGUAUCCAGAAACCAUGAGUCAAUUAUUUUUGAGGCAUUAGAAAAAGGUAUAAGGGGUCUUAGUUAUGAUAGAAAUAUUUCGGAAAUAUAAUUUGAUGUAUUUUUCACUUUUCAUGCAGUUUUCUUCACUGAUUUUGAGAUAUUCAAAUUUUAGGUUUUGAGAGAAUAGUCCCUAUGCAUACGUUACACAAGCAAAUUUCACCACCAAAGCCUUAUUAUGAAUCAAAAAUUAGCCGAGUUUCACAGAAAUGAAUUCCCAAUACAGUAGCGUUGAAAAGAAUACCCAAGCACAAAAAGUACAAAUGCAAAAAAAUUAGUUCACAAACGAGGCUUUGGUGAUGAAAUUUACUCGUCUGACGUAGCCAUGUAUAAGGACGUAUUCUUUAAAUUCUUUAACACACGUGAAUUUUCAUUUCACCCUAAAAAAGAGUGUGAGGAAAUUUGCAUAUGUCUCGUAUUAGCGGAAUUAUUGCAUUUCAAACUAAAAAGUCGAAUCUCGAGCACGAUUUAUGCAAAGAAACUGACAUAAAAUGAGUUACAAAGGGAAAUCGGAAAAUUCCUCACACCCUUUUUUUUAGGUCUUUUAUCUAAGGAAGUGAAUAUUUAACAACGCGAAAGGGCUGGAGCUUCAGCAGUAAACUCGAUACCUCUGAGUUCGAGAGCAAAAAACUUAAGCACCUUUUGAAAUUCGAUGAAAUAAAAUCUUUUAUAAGGUAAUUUAGUCUUCUGACUUUAAUUUGAUAUAUAACUUGCCUUUGUAGCGAAAAUACUCGCGCGACUAUAAUUUUUUCCUGUGGGGACCUCGUUUUCCUUUACCGAGACCUUAAAUUGAUAACAUCUACAAAUUUACGAGACUAUUGUAAAUAAUACUACAUUCAAUUUAAAGUAAGUAGUAUCCUCAGCCUGAAAGAUCCAAAUACGGCCUGCCAAGAAAAUCAAUUCGUGAUGAAUAUCACAAAUGUAUUUGGAACUAACUUGUACUGUGGUAAGAAAAAGAAUGGCUGUCUAGUCAUCCCUCGCUUGUUUUUGUCGGGGUCUUAUAAGAAAGGGAAUGGGGCUAACGGUUUAGGGUCUUUAUGCUUUUUGCAAAAUGAAUCUCACUGGCUCCGUUCAGUGUUUGACUUCUAAAGACAGAAUGAACUCUCAGAACGUAUUGAUUUUAGCCAAGCCUAAUAGCGGAGCCUCUGUUUCCUUCACUAAGAUUUUGCCUGAAACAAUAAACUUUAAACCCCAGGAAAGUGUUGCUCAUAAGCUUUCAUUUAAGUAUACAGUCAUAAUCACACUUUAGAAAUUUCAUACGGGGAAUUAGUAGCUGGGGAGAUCUUAAACUGCACGGAAGAACUUCUCAAGAACAUUUCAGAUCGAUACAUUGGUCUAAGGGCCUGUUUACAUGGAGGUGGGGGAUCCCAGGUAGGUGAGGUAACCCGCUUAGGUGGGGUAACCCGCCUGUCCAAAUAAUCUCUCAUUUUAAUGUGAUAACGUUUACAUGUUAGGUGGGGUAACUUGACACAUGUUACCUCACCUACCUGGGGUCCCCCACCUUCAUGUAAAUAGGCCCUAAUAUCGACAUAUUCCAUAGCUAAAUGUCCCACUGGGACAUACAAAUCCUCCAUUACCGACUGCAACCCUUGUCCCGCGGGAUCCUAUAAUGACCAGCAAGGACAAUUGCAAUGCACUCUUUGUCCCACGGGAACUUCUUCUCUACCUGGAGCCAAGACAGCCUUGGAUUGUAUAGGUAGGUUUCACUUUGCUCCUCCAAGUUAUCCUAUUGGUUGAAGUCGCUAAAUUAGGGAGUUCUGUUAUUUCUUUUGUAUAAUGAGUUUUAGCUUCGCAGUACAAGUUGGAAUAUACGAGCAAGAGAAACUGAAUAACGUUUGUGCUCUUUAGGUAGUAAAGGGUGCCCUGUCAUAGCUUUAAAGUUUAAAGUAGAGGUCAGAUGAAGCAUGACGAGCAUAGAGAUAAAACGUCAUAAUCAUCAUAAAACAACUCAAUUUCUGAAAAAAGUGAAAUUUAUCUUCUUUCCUUAUGACACUUUGCGUAAAACGUUUUGCACACAAAAUUAACGAGAAAAGAAAAAGAAAAGGUUAAUGAAAGGCCUUCUUUCCUUUCCUUUCUUUUUUGUGCAACCUUUUUUUGAAACCUUUUUUCACAAGUAUUCCCGAAACCAAGUGCUAUGCGUUAUUGGCAGGAAUAGAAAAUACUUAAUUUCGUUUCGGUUCCUGUAAACAGAGAACGGCGCUUUCAGCUGCUUCGACCAAAAGUUUUUUUCUAGGAGCUAUGGUUCUGCCAACUAAAUAUCACGAGGAAAAUGUACAAGGUAUGUUCCUAUUUCACUUGUCAUCUACAUCGUGGCUCAUCUUUCUUCUUAGCCCCAUGCCCUGCUGGUCAGUUCUCGAAGACUGGACUGGGACCGAAUUGUCAGUAUUGCCCACGUGAUAGCUAUCAGGACAAAGUCCAACAAAAGAGCUGCACGCCAUGUCCUCAUGAUACUCAUACUCUCUCACUGGGCGCCAAAAAUCACUGGCUGAAUGUGGAGGUUAGUAGUACAAUGAGCUGCCAAGAACCAUAUAAGGCAGUUCUCAUUUUGCAAACACUGUUAGAUAUCUACUGGAGUCAACAUGACCCGGUAAAUGUCAUUUUUGUUGACCGACAGGCUGUUUGCAUGAUUUGGUGGGGUCUUUUCACCAUAAUUAACGUUACACAAAGUACCACGAAUUUAUUUAACUCUGCAUUAGAGCUGAUAAGAUCAGUCUUGUCCGGUUCUGUUUUCAGCGAGGCCCAAAGUGA